AUGAUGAAGAGAGAUAUUUCUGAUAAGUUGUCAUUGGAGGACAAAUGGAAUUUAAUUCCUUCUUUCCUUCAAGUGAGAGGAUUAUUAAAGCAACAUAUUGCAAGUUAUGAUUAUUUCGUAGAUGUAGAUAUUAAAAAUAUUUUAAAAGCUAAUAAUAAAAUAACAAGUGAUGCAUCUCCGUAUUUCUAUGUCAAAUAUUUAGAUAUUCGUGUUUUAAUGCCACAGGCGGAAGAAGGUUUUGGACAAGUUAGUGAAACAAUUACUCCUCAUGAAUGUAGACUUCGUGACAUGACAUAUUCUGCUCCAAUAGUUGUAGAUAUUGAAUAUACUAGAGGUAAUCAAAAGGUAAUAAGACAUAAUUUGACAAUUGGCCGAAUGCCAGUAAUGUUAAGAUCAAGUAAAUGUGUUCUUCGAGGUUUGACUGAUAAAGAAAUGGCUGAAGCACAAGAAUGUCCCUUAGAUCCUGGUGGCUAUUUUAUUAUUCGUGGAUCAGAAAAGGUAGUAUUAAUGCAAGAACAAUUAUCAAAAAACAGAAUAAUGAUAGGACGCAAUAGUAAGAAGGAACUUAUUUGUGAAGUACUUAGUUCAACUAGUGAUAGAAAAAGUAAAACAUUAAUUACCACUAAAAAAGGACGAUACUAUUUGCGACAUAACCAAAUGACUGAAGACAUCCCAAUAAUUAUUAUUUUUAAAGCAAUGGGUGUAGAAAGUGAUUAUGAUAUUUUAUCAUCAAUUGGUGAGGAAGAUAAUUUUAUUUCUGCACUUACAGCGUCGAUUGAGGAAGCUCAAAAUGCUGAUGUAAAUACACAAUCAAAAGCUCUUUUAUAUCUGGCUUCGAAAAUGAAAUUAAAGAAAAGUUAUGGUGGAGCGUCAGGUACUUCUGUAAUGAAAGAGUAUGAUGCUUUAGAUUUCUUAAGAAAUUCUAUGAUUUGUCACAUUCCUUCAUCUACCAGUGACAUGAAGAUGAAAUCAAUUUAUCUUGGUUUGAUGGUUCGUAGAUUGUUGGAAGCUGAACAGCAUAUAUGUGAUGUUGACGAUCGUGAUUUUUAUGGAAAUAAAAGAAUUGAGUUAGCCGGAUCUCUUAUUGCUCUAAUGUUUGAAGAUUUGUUUAAACGUUUUAAUGCGGAGUUAAAAAAAGUUGCAGAUAAUUCAUUAGGUAAAACACUUGCUGCUCCUCUUGAUAUUGUUAAACAUAUGCGCCAAGAUAUGAUUUCAAAUGGAUUAAAUAAUGCUUUGUCUACUGGAAAUUGGACCAUCAAAAGAUUCAAAAUGGAAAGAAAAGGUGUUACUCAAGUUUUAUCUAGAUUAUCAUAUAUAUCUGCUCUUGGUAUGAUGACACGUAUUAAUUCAACUUUUGAGAAAACAAGAAAAGUUUCCGGACCACGUUCUUUACAGCCAUCACAAUGGGGUAUGUUAUGUCCUGCUGAUACUCCUGAAGGAGAAUCUUGUGGAUUAGUAAAAAAUCUAGCAUUAAUGGCACAUAUUACAACUGAUUCAGAUGAAGAUCCAGUACUUCGAGUAUUAUAUAAUUGUGGUGUAGAAGAUGUACGAAGUCUUCAUUAUAGAUCUGUUCAUUUAUCAAAUACUUUUAUGGUUUAUCUUAAUGGUUCAAUUGUUGGAUUAACAAAAACACCAAAAAAAAUUCUUGAUACAAUUAGAGCUGUACGUCGAUCAGGAUUUUUAAAUGAAUUUAUUUCUGUUAGUUCUAAUACUCAACAAAAAUCUAUUUAUAUAUCUAGUGAUGGUGGAAGACUUUGUCGACCAUAUAUUAUUAUAAAAAAUGGAGAAUCUGCAGUUAAACAGGUACAUUUAGAUGAAUUAAGGACAGGAAAAAGAACAUUCGAUGAUUUUAUUGCUGAUGGUCUUAUUGAGUAUCUUGAUGUUAUGGAAAUGAAUGAUUCUCAUAUUGCUGUUUAUGAAAAAGAUAUAAAAAGUGAUACUACACAUAUGGAAAUAGAACCAUUUACUUUGUUAGGUGUUUGUGCUGGAUUAAUUCCAUAUCCUCAUCAUAAUCAAUCUCCAAGAAAUACCUAUCAAUGUGCUAUGGGUAAACAAGCUAUGGGAUCAAUUGGUUAUAAUCAACAAAAAAGGAUAGAUUCAUUAAUGUAUUUACUUGUAUAUCCUCAAAGACCACUUGUCAAAUCAAAAACUAUAGAAUUUUCAAAUUUUGAAAAAUUACCAGCUGGUCAAAAUGCUACUGUUGCCGUGAUGUCUUUCAGUGGAUAUGAUAUUGAAGAUGCUUUAGUGUUGAAUAAAGCAUCUUUAGAUAGAGGAUAUGGUCGUUGUUUAGUAUACAAACAUGCAAAGGCAUCUAUUAGAAAAUAUCCCAAUCAAUUAUGUGAUAAAUUGAUGGGACCAUCAAUUGAUAUGGCAACAAAAAAACCAAUAUUUAGAUAUGCUGCAAUUGAUGUUGAAGGAAUUGUUAGGACGGGAGCAAGAAUUUAUUCUAAACAAGUAAUGAUAAAUAAAUUUAUGCCUACUGUUAGUAGUGGUAUAUAUAAUACUUCAUCUGAUGCUAUUGAUGUUGGUUAUAAAGAUGUUGCUGUAUCAUAUAAAAAUCCUGUUCCUUCAUAUGCUGAAAGAGUUUUAUUAACGUAUAAUGAAGAAGAUGCACAUUUAAUUAAGAUUCAGUUAAGACAGACUAGAAGACCAGAGUUAGGUGAUAAAUUUAGUAGUAGACAUGGACAAAAAGGAGUAUGUGGAUUAAUAUCUCCUCAAGAAGAUAUGCCAUUUAAUGAUCUUGGUAUGUGUCCUGAUGUUAUUAUGAAUCCUCAUGGUUAUCCAAGUCGUAUGACAGUAGGAAAAUUAAUGGAAUUACUUUCUUCUAAGAAUGCUGUAUUAACAGGUCGUUUUCAUUAUGGUACUGCAUUUGGUGGUGAUCAAGUAAAAGACACAUGUGAAUCUCUUGCACAACAUGGUUUUAAUUAUUUAGGAAAAGAAAUGUUAACUUCUGGUAUUACAGGACAACAAUUAUCAGCUUACAUUUAUUUUGGACCAAUUUAUUAUCAAAAGUUAAAACAUAUGGUUUUGGAUAAGAUGCAUGCUAGAUCAAGAGGACCAGUUGCCGUAUUGACACGUCAACCAACAGAGGGUAGAGCUCGUGAUGGUGGUUUAAGAUUAGGAGAAAUGGAAAGAGAUUGUCUUAUAGCAUAUGGAGCAUCAAUGCUAUUAAUGGAACGGUUAAUGGUUUCUUCUGAUCAAUUUCAAGUUGAUGUAUGUUCUGUAUGUGGGUUAAUAGGUUAUGGUACUUGGUGUCAAAAAUGUAAAAAAUCAGGUCAUAUGGCUACAAUUAAAAUUCCUUAUGCUUGCAAAUUAUUAUUCCAAGAGUUACAAUCUAUGAAUAUUGUUCCACAGCUAAAAACGGAACGUUAUACUAAUUAA